AUGGUUUUCGAGUCGUUGGUUGUGGAGCUUAUUAAUAGAUAUUUGGGCUCAUAUAUCGAGACCUUAAAUGCAUCUCAACUGAAAAUUGGUCUGCUUGGAGGAAAUGCACAACUUGAAAAUCUCGAUAUCAAACCUAAUGCGUUUGAUGAUUUGGAUUUACCUAUUAAGGUCUUGCAGGGACACAUUAGUUCAUUAACCCUCAAAAUACCUUUCAAAAAUCUCUUCACGGAACCGACUGUUGCCGAGUUGUCAGGACUCUAUGUUCUUGUUGUUCCAAAUAUAGCUGUGCAGUACGAUGAGUCUAAGGAGAGGCGGUACGCUAAGGAAGCGAAGCAAAAGGAGUUAGCCAGCGUGGAGGCAGCACGUCUGAAACCUAAACAAUCUGACGAUCAAAAAGUGGACUCUUUUGGUGAGAAGUUAGCUGCCCAGGUUAUCAAAAACUUGCAAAUAUCCAUCAAAGAUAUUCAUAUAAGAUAUGAGGAUAGUUACAGUAUUCCCAAUCGUACUUUCUCUCUUGGAGUAACGUUGAGUGGACUAACAUUCCAGACUUGUGAUAGUGAUCAAAAGCCUAUUCUUAUUAAAGACGAGUCUAUACGUGAAUUUAACAAGUUUGUUAAACUAACAAGCCUUGGAGUUUACUGGAAUCCAAUGUCCAGUAAGUUUGCGGAGAAAGCUAGAGUUCCUCUACGAAGUGUUAUGCGCAAUUCAAUUGCUAGCCCGGAUAAUCCAAACACUGGCUUCCACUACUUAAUAAGACCUAUCUCGUCUACGGCAAUGUUACAUAUCCACACAAGACCGGAGGAAGCAAACUAUUCAGUUCCACAAAUGGAUUUAGUUGUUGAUUUCUCUGAAAUUGAAUUAAGUUUUAGCCUUUCUCAGUAUCAUGAUGUCACAUCUUUUUUGGAUGCCCAAGACAGAUUGAUGAUUCAAGGAAAAUAUCGCAAAUACAGACCAUUAGUGCCUGUUCUGCAAAAUUGUAAAGCUUGGUGGGAUUUUGCAUACAAUGCCAUCUUAGAGGAGUCUAUUCGCCGUCGACGCCGCAUGUGGUCAUGGGAACAUAUAGCAAAACACAGAAAAAUAUCUCGGGACUAUAUUUCAAUUUGGAAAAAGAAGUUAUCUGGAGAAAAACUCAGUCAAGUUCAGCUAAAUAAUCUUGAGGAAUAUGAAGAAUUUUUGGAUGUCUUCAAUAUUGUGUUGUGCCGGCAACAAGCUGAGCUCCAGUUCAAUGCUUCUAAAAAGAAACAGGACCAGAAGGCUAACAAUAAGGGUGGUGGUUGGUUCAGUGGUUGGUUUUCACGUGGUUCUUCAUCUACACCAGAUGAAACAGAAACUUCAUCUGAAGGUGAUUUAAUGAAACGUUUGCAAACUGAAAUGACUCCAGAAGAAAAGUCUCGCCUAUAUGCUGCCAUUGAUUAUUCAGAAUCAGCAGCUUCAGGUGUUUCAGGUUCAGCUAUGAAUUUCCCAGCCAGUUAUGUAUCUUCUUCGAUUGCCGUUACUUUAAGGCAAUUGAGUCUUGUAUUACUCGAUGAUAAAUUGAAUGAUCCUAAAAUUCUUAAAUUCGCUGUGAACAAACUCACUGCUGAUGUUAAACAACGUGCUGGAGACCAAGCUCUAGCUGUUGCACUACGACUAGACAGCCUAGAAGCUGUAGGAGCUCAGCCAACAUUAAAAGAAUCCUGUCUUGUCAAGUCUUCAAUCAAACCUGUACUUAUAACCAGUCAUGUAAGCCACUCACCGAUCGAUGGCGUCUCUCAAAAAAUUACCGCAUCACAAUCCACUCAUUUGUUGGUUAUUGAUUUUGAGAAAAAUCCUCUUGAUCGUAAAGCUGACCAGCGUUUACUUGUUCAAGCUGAUCCAUUACAAAUAGUUUAUGAUGCUGAAACUAUCAAUAAGAUUGUUCAUUUCUUCACUCCACCAAAAGAUGUUCACUUACAAGAAUUAUCUAAUACAGUCUUGUCGUCUUUUGAAGAAGCUAAAGAAGUGACAACAAGCGGUCUACGACAUUUGGCCUCUAACCGAUCUUAUACAGAUGUUCGUAUUGACAUUAAACCUAGUUACUUUAUCCUACCAGACUCUGGUGUUUUCAGAAGUGAUUGUCGUCUUUUACUGGUCGACCUUGGGAGUCUUGUAGUUAAUUCAAGUCGUACCACACUUCCAUCAGCCUGCAAAACCAAACCAGAUGAAGAGACUUUAAAGAGUAAAGCUGAUUCAACAAUAAAAGAAUCGGAUACAAAACUCAUCAGUAAAGUGAAACAUAAAUCUGGAAAACUGACAUUCGAUGAAUUAAAAGAUGAAGCUUAUGAUAAAUUUCACAUCAGUAUAUCAUCAGUUCAAGUUUUAAUGGUUAAUGAAGGCCAGGAUUGGAGAAGCCUUAGGCAGCUGGACAAAUCACCGAAUCAUAUUCUCAAGCCAUUGGGUUUGAACUGCAUACUAAAACGAUGUCUACUGCAUAAUGAUAUAAAUCUACCAAGAAUUAUUGUUGAUGGUUGUUUACCUGUAUUCAGUGUGGAUUUAACAGAUAGAGUUCUUCAAUCAUUAUAUGAGUUAAUUGUAAAUGUUCCAUUCCCAGAGCCAGAUAAAAGUCUAACAACACCAGCGAAUGCUGAUGACCUACUUAAAGAUGUUAUAGUCUUACCUAAUUCAAUAGCACCUGGAUCAGUCCUAGCUACAAGAGAUUUAAUCAGAGUUACGCGUCAGUUUAACCGAAGUGACAGUGAUUCCACAUUAAGCAGUUUAAUGUCGGACACAGGAGAAGAUUUACCAGAGGAUAGUGAAAAUGAUCAAACUAGUCAACAGUCAAGAUCAGAGGGUGAUAUAGAUGAAAGUGAAGAUCAGGCAAGUCGAUUGGAACGUGCGAGAAUUAAAUCAUUAGCUGUUAAAUCCAUGCGUCAACGUGAUCAAUCUAAUCUACGGCGUAAACGAGCACAGCUGAUUGAUUUAAAAGUGGAUUUUGUUAUACGCAGAAUCGAAGUUCAGGUGCUAGAGCGUCAAUCAGAUGCAGCAGCAAAACAUGCUGAAGAUCGUUUAAUUCUAUCGUUCAAUGUUCAUGAAGUUGGUACUAAUUUAAUUAAGCGUCGUUGGACUCAAGAGAUUAAGGCCCAUAUUGGUACAUUAUCAGUGGCUGUUCCACAAUUUACAAAUAAAGAGACUUUUGAGCCAGUGUAUUUAGCACGUACAAAACGUCAUAAAGAAGGCCAUCAUUUGUUGUCAGUGCAUUUAACUAUAGCAGAGAAAAAUGCUCCCGAUUUUGAUACACAAUAUCAAAAUACACGUCAUCGUUUGCAGUGUGACUUUAAGGUGUUAGAUGUGUACAUUCAUCAAGAGGCUACUCUGCUAAUAAUGAACUAUUUCAAUAAUCUACUAUUAACACUUUCUAAACAAGUGAAAAAAGUUGAAGGAACACCUGAAAUUGAAUGGGCUGCAAGUAUUGGAGAUAAAGAAGGUUUAGAAAAGGCUAAACGUCGAGCUGCACAAGAAGCUGAAAUGAAUAAACAACUGCCUGCACGGUUAACAGCUGUAGAUGCAGUUGAAAGUCAUAUUGCUCGAAAAAAUGAACGUCGUACUAUACGUAUUGAAGCAGCUUCUGAAGCACAAAAGUCAGGUAAAGUUGCACUGAUUCGUGAAUUGAAUAUUACACAAUGGAUGGUGAAUGCAACUUUGGACAAAGUUGAAAUAACAAUGGGUUCAAAAGAUGCCAAUUUACUUUCAAUUUCUGUUAAUGGUCUAAGAGUUGAUGUUCGUACAACAUAUAAUACUUUAGAAGCUUCUACAAUUUUAUCAGAAUUCAGUGUAAUUGAUCACAUCUUAAAUACAUCUUAUCGAAAGAUUUUGUGGGUUGAUCCAUCUGAGAAUAUUGUUUCAUUGCAAUUUACCCAAUUCCAAGAUGGGACUAAGUCUUUACAGAAUUCAAUUGAUCCGGACAAAGUAGAUAUGGCUAUCAAUCUCCAAAUAGGAAAAUUACAUUUAAUAUUUCUGUAUCAUUUUAUUACACGUCUACUGAAUUUUAUGCAAGCCUAUCAAACCGCAGCUGAUGCUAUGCUAAACAAGGUUCAAGCUUUAUCAGAUGCAGCUGUUCAGCAGGUACAACAAGCAGUAGAUAACUCGGUUCAAACCCGUCUAAGUUUGAACAUUAUUGCACAAGCUCCAGUUAUAUAUGUGCCACAACAUUCAAUGUCAGAUGUUUCUUUAAUGCUUGAUUUUGGUCGUAUCACACUGACAAAUCACUUUGAAUUUAUAAAGUCAUUAAAUCAGUUGCCGGAUGCAAAACUUGCUGUUCCUGAACCUGGUAUAAUGUUAGAACAUAUGAUAGUUAGAUUAGAAAAUCUACGAUUAUCAAGAAUAAUACUAGCAGAGAAUUCUGUGACAGCUGAAAAGCAUGUUUUACUUCCAGUUAAUGUUGAGUUGAAAAUGCGUCGAAAUCUUAAUCCGGAUUUAUAUUCUGGAAUACCAAUCUUAUUGGUGAAAGGCGGCCUAAAUGCAAUUAGUAUUUCAAUGUGUCAGGGUGAUUAUCGUGUUGUUCAAGAGGUGCUAAUUGAUAAUUUCAGUGAAUUACCACCGACUACCCAAUCUCAACCUACACCGACAUCAUCAGAUUCUACGAAAAAGCCAGGGAAGGCUAAUUCUACACCUAGUAACACUAAAAAUGAACUUGUGCCAUCACAAAAGGCUGACAAUAAAAUCACAUCCCCAUCAAAUGUUGAUAAUAAAGAUUCAGUUAAAGUGGCUGUCAGUUUUGAUUUAGGAAUGGAAAGUGUUACUCUAAAUUUAUACACUGGUGAUCAACCACAGGCUGAAUGGCAUACUGGUUUCACAGAUGAUAAACGACUAGCUAUCCUCAAUCUGACAAAGUUUAAUGUAGCCGGAGAGAUAGCCUCAGAUUCUUCUUCUCAGAUCAUCGCUAAACUUCAUGAUAUCAAAUUGAAGGAUAGUCGACCUGGUUCAGAAAAACAAAUUACCAAAGGUCAAAUAUUAAGAAUUUUGGAUCAUUCUGGUGCAGAAGAUAAUCGUCAUGAGGAAUUGAUUUAUGUUGAAUUCAAACAAGAUGCUUCGUUGAAUAAGCAAAUUCUUAUCAGUCUGCGUAGUAUCCAUUUAUGCGCUUCAAUGGAUUAUCUGAUGUCGUUGGUUGAUUUUCAACUACAAAGUACACCUGCAUCGAAAAAUGAAUUGACCGAUUUGACACCAAUCACUGAUAAAGGUAAACAGAAACGAUUGAACAGUGGAGCAUCUACAAAAAUAAAACGACCAAAAGUUGAACAGCCGCCAACCACAUAUCCCUACAGCUUGGAGUUGAAGGUUCAAAUAGCUAAUCCUGAACUUGUUCUAGUGGAGGAUAUCUACAAUGAAGACAGCAAUGCUAUCAAGCUUACUACUGCCUUGAGCUUUACAUAUACCAUGCAACAAGAUGUAAUUGUUAUGAAUGCCUUGAUUAAUGGAUUAUCCGUCGCUGCUUGUCCUUACAAUGAAAACGUUGGUGGAGCCUUUUCUAAAGAGAUUUUAUCUCCAGCUGACUUAAGUUUCUACUCAUCUCAACCUAUUGACGGCAGCAUUCAUGGAACACUUCACAUGGACACAUUAACUAUCAAAAUAAAUCCGAAUACAAUCAGGCUGUUAUCCACUAUAUCUGCUUCUGUUCAAUCGUCAAUCUCCACUAGUAAAAAUCUACCAGCCAAUGAAUCUGUUUCAAGUGAAUUGGUAAAAGUAUCCGAUGGUAAAACUGUAGAUGAUAAAUCUUAUGCUAAUUUCUGGAAACCAAUUCCAAUUGAAGAAUUAAAUAUGCCUUAUUUAGGAAUUUCAUCAGAUGGGAAGAAUCAAAAUGAAACGCCCGAAGUUGCCUGUGAUGUUUCAAAGGUUAUGGAGGAAAUGGAAAAUCGACGCGUAGAUAUCAUCAAUGUUAAAUUAAAAACUGUUCGAAUCAUUCUGGAAUCACAGUUGGACACUAAAACUAUGCCCAUGUUGGUUCUCGACUCUUCAGUUGAUGCGGUUUUAAACAGACCAAGUACAAAUCUUGAAAUAAAAUUUAUGAUCGAUUUGUCCUUGUCAUACUAUAAUGAUUCUCUUAAUCAAUGGGAACCGUUAAUUGAAACUUUACCAGAUGAAGGUGAUUGUAUGUGGUCACUCCAAUUGGAGUUGAUGAGUAUUAAUAAAGCAGAGUGUUUAGCCGAAGAAGACUGGGAAGAAGUCGGUUGUCUACAAGCAUCAACUAAUACAAUGUUAAUUGUAUCCAGAGAUAACUUGGAAAUCACUUUGUCUAAAACUGCUUUAGAUAUGCUUAGUAAUUUAGGACGUUCAUUUGAAGCAGCUUAUAAAUUGAAAAACAUCAAAUCUAAGUACGAUGACGAUUCGGCCAAUCAAAUUAUAGCACCUUAUCGUAUUGUCAACAAAACUGGUUGUCAAUUAGGCAUACGUUAUAAUUCUCAGGCUUUAUCACUUAUUCAACUUGACAAUACUGGCAAUAUUCAACAUUUGGAUAAAUCAAUCGGAUCAGGCAGUACACAUUACAAUUCAAUAGUACUCAAUACUAAACAGGAAAUUGGGCUAACUGAAUUAGUUAAAACAGAAAAGAAACAAUCUGUACUUUCCUCGAGUUCAUCAAAGGAUUCACGUCAUCAUAUCUGGAUUUCAUUGGCUGACAGUAGCAAAACACAGGCUGGUCGUGAUGGUAGUGGUGGUGGUUGUCCACCUAGUACAGAAGCUGUAUUUCGUUUAUAUCGUGGUGACAGUGAUUUACUGUGCUUAUCAAAAGAUGCCUCUGCUACAACUACUUCUUCAAAUUACAAUACAGUUUUCCCAGUAAUGGCGGAAGUUAAUGCCUGUUUAGGUAUGAAGUCGAUUACUCUUCGAUCGACUGUUCAGGUGUUGAAUCGAACUUCUGAACGUAUCUGCAUCUAUUCACAUUUAAUCAAAUCUUCCGCAAUGAAACAGCCUGGCUUACUAGCAGUCAUUGAUGCAGGUGAAUCAUAUGCCCUUCCUGUUGAGUUGGUUAGCUCUCGUCAGUAUACAGGUAUAUUUAUUGGACCAGAAUUUGAAAAACCGAUCCUCUCAGUUACUCCUGCAUAUUGGCCUGAAUUCGCUUGCGGUUUGAUGAAAUGCGCUAAAGAUAAUGACGUGAAUUUGCCGUUUCUUGCUCCAUGUGCUGAAUCUAUGUCAAGUAAUGCGGAGAAUGAAAAUGCCAAUGCAUCACAGUAUCGAUGGCCUCAUCAAUUAAUGGAAUGUCAAUCACAUUUCAAUGAAAUAGUUUACUUUUAUUCUGUCGCUGUAUUGUAUUAUAAUCAACAGCGUAGUUUUGAGCAUACUGCUGGAAGUGGCAAAGGCACCACCACCAAUGUGGUGAACACUACAGAUUCACGUAAAAAAUCACUGACUACAAUAGCCGAUGAAUUACGUACAGCACAAAUGAAAAUGAUCAGUGGAGAUAAACUGUCUCCAUCGGAUUGUGAUUUUCAAAUGGUUGUACAGAAUGCUGUUGUUUUAUACAACCAACUGCCUCUUCCAAUACAUUUCAUACUACCAGAUGUUUCAGAACAAAUUCCCGCUGGGAAUCAUUGUGCACUAAAAACUGUACGACCAAACAAUGCUACUAUAGAAAUAUCAUUUGAAUAUGAUCGAAAAAUGUAUCGAGGUAAAUUGGAAUUACGCCCACAAAUGGAUGAAUAUUGUGUUAUUGAAUUUGAAUCACGUAUCGAAUAUGAAGUAUCAAAUUUGCACUUAGGAUUGCAUGCUAUUUCUAAUUUGGGCCAAAUAUGUCUUACACUUUAUGCACCCUACUGGAUGAUAAAUAAAACUGGAAAAGAUUUAACCUAUAAAUCGGUAGAUGACUCUGAAAUUUCUCAUCCAGCGACAUUUACUGGUGCUCUACUCUACUCCUCCUUGACGAAAUCAUUUUUCGGCAAAAGAAAGGCUGCUGUUCGUGUAUGUGAUUCUGGUUGGUCUGAUAAAUUUUCUUUGGAUACUGUUGGAAGUGCAGGUCGCGUACAUUGUACAACAAAAUCUAAAAUUUCCUAUGAGGUUGGAAUAAAAAUUAAUUUAUCAAGUUCUGGGUUGACAAAGAUUGUAACAUUUAUGCCAUAUUUCUUGAUUGUGAAUAAAGCUAACAUAGAUAUUGAAUGUUGUGAAGUGGAUGAAAGUGAUGGAAAAACGUCACAGACUGUUAGCUCACAAUGGAUUAAAGUACCUGCUUGUGAAGCUGCACCAUUUUGGCCGACUGCAACUAAUUCAAAGAAUAUGUUAAUGAAAUGUCGUGUUGAAAAGGAUAUUAUGACUACAUCAUUUCCAAUUUAUGAGUCACACUCAACUUUCAUGAGAUUGGAUCAAAAGUAUCCUGGCAUAUUUGUUGAAGUCGAGACAACUGAAGAAGCGACUGUCAUUACCUUGCAAAUGUAUCAAGAAGGAAUGGCUUUAGUUCGUCUUGUCAAUAAUUUAGGUGAUUCACAGUCUGUUUUCUAUCAUCAAAGUGGACUUCCACAGACCGUUCAUCGUUUAGACGCUGGUAUGUCUAUCAUGUAUGCAUGGGAUUGUCCACGCGCUAAACGUGAAUUAGUCCACUAUUGUAAAGAAUCUGACAGUCGUCAUUCAAAUAAGUUGACCAAUGAUGCUGUUGAAGAAUUCUAUGUAAAUAAUACAAAAGCCUAUUGGGUAUCGUUUAUGUGGAAUAUGCAAAGAGUAUUGUUGUUUACUCAAGAUGUAAAUGUAGCUAAAAAUGCUAGAUUAAGUUCUGAUCUUGAACCAAUAGAUCAAGAAGUUGUUAUCUCUCUUCAAUCAAUCGGCAUUUCUUUAGUCGAUAAUACUGCACGGGCUGAAAUAGCUUAUGUGUCUAUUACCAGUUCCGGUGUUCGAUGGAGUCAAGUAAAACGUGGCAAUCGUCUUAAGCCAUUACAAGUUGCCUUAAGUGAAAGCCUAGAACGUGCUUAUACAGAUUACGCGAAUUCAUCGAGUGAUGCAGAUAAAACAUCAACGAGUAUUGUUAAAUUAACUGAUAUCAGUCAUCCAACUGAAGUGGAUUUCAGUCGAAUGCUUAUGCUUAAACCUGAUCAAUACGAAUUAAGACGGGCGUUUGAGCCUGGUGUAUUCUUACAGUAUAAAUCUUCACUUAGUCAGAUGCAAAUCCAUGCAAAACUGUUUCGAUUACAGAUUGAUAGUCAACGACUAGACUCCACCUUUCCUGUUGUACUGGCAGCUUAUCCUCAACCGAAAUCAGUCGCACUUGAUUCAGGUAUUAAACCUUUACUUGAAUGGUCGGCUAUUAUUGGGCGUACAGCCAAUCCUGGUUCAUUUCGUUUCAAGUAUUUCCGUGUACUUAUACAAGAAAUGCAACUGAAACUUGAUCAAGGAUUUUUGUACGAUGUAGCUAAUUUCUUCGGUAGUGCUGUAGCUCAUGUAUCUAAGGAGGAGGCAUUCAAACAGGAUUAUAUUCUGAUCACCAGCAAGUUAAUUGAUUCACCGGUUGUACAAGCGCAUCUACAAGAUGGGAAUCGUUCAAUCUUUGAUAAUUUCCAUAUUUCACCGAUUAAGGUACACGUCAGCUUCUCUCUUACGGGUAGUACAGAAGGCAAAUCAUCUGCAUUCCCAAGUGAAGUGCUUAACCUCUUCUUACAGUCUCUCGGAGUAGCGUUAACUGAAGUCCAGGAUGUGAUUUUUAAGCUAGCUUACUUUGAACGUCAAGCAUGUAUCAUGACAGUGAAUCAAAUGACCUUAGAAAUGUCACGUCAUUAUAUCAGUCAAGGAGUUCGUCAAAUGUAUGUAUUAAUAUUGGGCUUAGAUGUAUUGGGUAAUCCAUUCGGUGUACUACGUGGUAUGGCACAGGGUGUUGAAGAUCUUUUCUAUGAACCAGUUAAGGGUGCUGUUCUUGGUCCAGAGGAAUUUGCUGAAGGUGUUGCUCUGGGUGUACGGAGUUUAUUCGGUCAUGCGUUAGGUGGAGCAGCUGGUGCAGUUUCUCGUAUUACAGGAACUAUUGGCAAAGGUAUAGCUGCAUUAACUUUAGAUGAGGAAUAUAAGCGUAAACGACGUGAACAAUUAGCACGACGACCAGAAACUUUUGGAGCUGGCCUAGCUCAAGGUGGUCGAGGUUUAGUUAUGGGAGUAUUCCACGGUUUUACUGGAGUGGUCACGAAACCUGUUGAAGGUGCUAAAAAGGAGGGCGUUGAAGGCUUUUUCAAAGGUUUUGGCAAGGGUUUGGUCGGUGCAGUAACUCGUCCAGUUUCUGGAGUUGUAGAUUUUGCUAGCAGUUCAUUUGAAGGAAUUCGCAGGUUAGCUGACACCGCCCAAGAAGUUUCACGUGUUCGUCCUCCACGCUACAUUCGUUCAGAUGGAAUUAUUAGACCAUAUGAAAGACGUGAAGCUGAUGGUCACCUCAUACUUAGACAUGUAGAUAAAGAUGGCAAUUCCGGUGGUCAAUAUCUCUUUCAUGUUCCAUCUAUUCGAGGAAACAAUGUACUGUUUCUAACCACAAAUGAAUUACUAAUCAUUGAAUCUAUGGAUAUACUGGGAACAUUUUCUGUUAAUUGGAGAACUCCAUUGGAAAAUGUUUCUGGAGUACCGACUGUCAAUAAGAAUGGGAUUUUGAUUACUCUGAAAGAGAAACAGAAGAAAUUGUUCACCUCAGGUCAACAAACAAAACAAUUUGAUUGUGAUCCUAAUCUAGCUAAGCUAAUGGUUCAUCAGAUUGAUUUGGCCAUCACUAAACCUGAACAGUAG